AUGUUGUUCUGUCGAAGAUUUGCGAGGCUGGUUCGAGUCCCUCAGUGUUAUUCUUCUUCGAAGCUGUUACUAAAGCUAGUUGAGGUUGGACCACGGGAUGGUUUGCAAAAUGAAAUCUCUAUUAUACCGACGGAAAUCAAGGUGUCCCUGAUAAACCAAUUGACUGAGGCUGGCUUGCAAUUCGUUGAAGUGUCCAGUUUUGUAAACCCAAAGUGGGUACCGCAGCUGGCCGAUGCACUUCAAGUAUUCAGACAGAUUAAACGUUGUAGUCUAACACGAUAUUCAGCUCUGGUUCCGAAUAUUCAGGGUUUUAUGGAUGCGCUCGAGGCGAAGCCCGAUGAGGUAGCCGUCUUCACGGCUGCCUCUGAAACUUUUGCAAAACGAAACAUUAAUUGUUCCAUUGAUGAAAGUAUAAAACGUUUUGAUGAGGUUUUGCAUUUAGCUAAAAGCCAGGCAAUCCCCGUUCGGGGUUAUGUGUCGUGUGCUCUGGGUUGUCCAUAUGAGGGGUCCGUUUCUCCGGAUGAGGUCGCCCGAGUUGCAGAGCUAUUGUGGAAUAUCGGAUGCUAUGAAAUAUCUCUGGGUGACACUGUUGGAAGAGGCACUCCUGAGAGCAUGAAUCGGUUACUGACGGUUAUGCUUACUCAGGGAGGUGCUUGCCCACGUGAAGCAGUCGCUGUGCAUUGCCACGAUACAGGAGGAAAUGCUCUGGCCAACAUCGGUGUUGCUUUGGAUCACCACGGCAUAAGGGUGGUCGAUUCUGCGAUCGGUGGCCUCGGAGGGUGUCCGUACGCUGGGCCGGAUGCUCCUGGAAAUGUAGCGACUGAGGCUGUAGUGCGGUAUGUGCUGGACAAAGGUUACAUUUUGUCAUCUAACCUAAAACUGGAACAGUUAAUCGCCACUGGUGUAUGGAUCCGCUCAAAGCUCCAAAAAUCAUCAUGGUCUUCCAAUUGA